AUGACCUGGCAACCAAACGGGGAAGAAUUAGGACAGAUUGUAGCCCUUCUACAGCAUUCACAGUCAACUGAUAGGGAUGUGCAGCGAAAUGUACAGCAGCGGCUUAAUCAGCUUACAGAAUUUAAUCAAUUCAGCUGUUAUUUGGUGUAUAUUCUUAGUCAGAUGAAGGAUAAUAUUGAUGCAACAAGUCGAUCAUUGGCCGGUUUACUUUUGAAAAACAACAUUCGACACCGUUGGUCCCAAUUCACACCAGACAUCAAGAAUUAUGUGAGGCAGCACAGUUUGAGCAGCAUCGCUGAUGACGAACCCCUUAUUCGAGCAACCGUCGGAAUCAUAGUUACCACGAUUGUCGUUGAGGAAAACAUUGCCGAUUGGCCUGAUUUGCUGCCAAUUCUCGGUGCGAUGCUCGAACAGCCAAACGAGAAAAUGCAGGAAGGAGCGCUUGGUGCCCUGCAAAAGAUAUUCGAAGAUUCCGCAGACCGGUUUGAAACUGAACUGCUCAACCCAUUAAUGUCAAAAAUACUCAUGUUCUUCAAUGCUCCUUCUGAGAAAUUAAGGGCACUUGCGAUGAACGCCGUCAAUUGUAUCUUGAUGGUUAACAACGAGCCAGUUGACGCUGUCAUUGAUGACUACUUAAAUGCUCUGUUUGCUCGGGCUCAUGAUCAGGACGAGGAAAUUCAAAAGCAAUUAUGCCGGUCGCUCACACUUCUUCUAGAUACUCACAUUGAAAAAAUGAUGCCGCAUUUGCCAAACGUUGUGGAUUAUUGUAUAUUGAAGACACAAGAUCAAAAUGAGGCAAUUGCAUUGGAAGCGUGUGAAUUUUGGCUCUCAUUGGCUGAGAACAACGAGAUCUGCCGACAAUUGCUUGCACCAUUCUUGGGAAAAUUGGUACCAGUUCUCGUCAAAUGUAUGCGCUACUCAGAAAAUGAUCCCCAACUCAAAGCCAACGAGGAAGGUGCAUCAGUACCGGAUCGAAGUGAAGAUAUCAAGCCGAUAUUCCACAAAUCGAAGCAACACCCAAUUUUGAAUCUUGGUGGAAGUGAAGACGAAGCCGACGACGAGGAUGAUGAUGAUGACACCGGUAGUGAAUGGAACAUUAGAAGAUGCUCAGCUGCUUCACUCGAUGUUCUCGCCUCAAUAUUUUCAAAAGAAUUGCUCGAGCACUUGUUGCCAAUACUUAAAGAAACACUGGUACAUUCUGAUUGGCUUGUAAAAGAAUCUGGCAUUCUAGCUCUUGGUGCUAUUGCUGAGGGUUGCAUGGACGGAGUCACGCCACAUUUACACGAGCUCAUUCCCUAUUUGAUGGGGCUAUUACAGGAUAAAAAACCACUGGUUCGGUCUAUAACGUGUUGGACUUUGUCGAGGUAUUGCACAUUCGUUGUGACCGAUGAACGAGCUCGUGCUCAAUAUUUUCAACCUCUCUUGGCUAAUUUGCUCAACUGUUCUCUAGAUGUUAAUAAAAAGGUUCAAGAAGCUGCUUGUAGUGCCUUCGCAACUCUCGAAGAAGAAGCUGGCGAGCAAUUGAUUCCAUUUCUUCCCAAUAUUCUCGACACGCUUGUUCGCGCAUUCGGUGUCUAUCAGGCGAAGAAUCUUCUGAUUCUGUAUGAUGCGCUGUCGACACUCGCAAACUCAGUUGGAGAAGCCUUAUGUGCACCACAAUAUGUGCAGGUUUUGAUGCCACCGUUGAUGAAUAAAUGGGAAAGACUAAGUGAUGAUGAUAAGGAAUUGUUUCCACUUCUUGAAUGCAUUUCUUCUGUGGUAUCAGCAAUGGGAAUGGCGUUUCUUCCAUAUAUCGAGCCAGUUUUCAGAAGGUGUAUCACACUAAUUCAAAAGUGUAUUGACCAAGAGCAGAAACAUAUGCAAGCUCCGAAUGAAGUGGAAGCACCGGAAACUGAUUUCAUGAUAGUCGCUCUAGAUCUACUUUCGGGAUUGGCUGAAUCGCUUCCAACACAAAUAGAGAGAUUAUCACAAGGCAGCAAUAUUGUUGAGAUGAUCAUUUUCUGUUCGGUCAUCGACAAACAAUCGACAGAUGUCCGACAGUCUUGUUUCGCACUCAUCGGUGAUCUUGUCAAGGCGGCAUAUCCGGUGGUUCAAGCACACAAUCACACGUUCAUCAUGAUUCUUGCUCAAAAUUUGGAUCCAAACAAGGUCAGUGUGUGCAACAACGCGAUUUGGGCACUUGGAGAGUUUACGCUUAAAAUGGGCGCUGAAUUGAAGCCGUAUGUGCCGAUACUCAUCGAAAAUCUCAGUAACAUCAUCAAUCAUCAUCCGAAUUUACAGCGGACUCUUUUAGAAAACACUGCCAUUACUAUCGGAAAAUUGGGAAACCUUUGUGCGGAAGAAUCGGCACCGUAUUUGAGUCGAUUCAUUCGGCCGGUGUGCUACUCUCUUCGAAAUAUCAAAGACAAUUCGGAGAAAGAAAGCGCUUUUGUCGGUCUUUGCAACAUGAUUAAUCUCAAUCCCGCUGGAAUCCUGCAGGAUUUCAUAUUCUGGUGUGACGCGAUUGCUUCAUGGAACGCGCCGAACCCCGAGUUGAAGAAUAUGUUCAGCAGAAUAUUGCUGGCUUUCAAACAGCAAGUCGGUGAUCAGAACUGGAACAAUUUUGUUGCACAAUUCCCGCCUCCUCUCCGCGAACGACUCACUUCACAAUACGGAAUAUAA